UCUCACAGAAGGGUUUUAGGCGUAGUUCACCACCGUUUAUCCUCUGCCCUCUUCAGCCAGCAUCCUCUCUGACUGAGACUACAAUACGACAGCACCACACUUCACAAGGCUUCUUCACCAGAUGGCGAGAUGGGAUGAGAUUCUGUCCCUUCCUGUACAGAAUCCUCCGACUUUGGAGUUUUCUUCUUCUGACGUUGUGUGGUCAAAGGUGGAAGGUUGGCGUGACAAAACUAAUAGAGUUGUUCUAAUCCCCUUUGCUAGAGUAGAUGAUUUUGUACGGGGUGAAUCAGCAAAUAAAGACUGUCCAACGAGAUUUCAUGUUGAGGCAAGGAGGCGACGGCCUCCAGAGAUGGCUUACAAGCCAAAAGUUGAUGGCAUUCUUGAAUAUAUUCUGUAUUGGUGUUCCUUUGGUCCUGAUGACCACAGGAAGGGUGGCAUUGUACGACCCAGUAGGACUACUUAUGUCCCAAAGAAGAAAAACGCUGGCCGACCAAAUACUAAGAGAGGGUGCACUUGCCACUUUAUUGUGAAACGCUUAAUUGCUGAACCAUCAGUAGCGCUCAUCAUAUAUGAUGACGAUAAGCAUGUAGAUAAGAAGGGGAUGCCAUGCCAUGGUCCACAGGAUAAGAAGGCUGCUGGAACGCGUGCUAUGUUUGCCCCAUAUAUCUCAGAGGACCUCCGUUUGCGUGUCUUAUCUCUACUAUAUGUUGGGGUUUCUGUGGAGACCAUAAUGCAAAGACACAAUGAAUCAGUAGAGAAACAGGGUGGCCCAUGCAACCGUGAUGACCUUUUAACCCAUCGGUAUGUUCGUAGACAGGAAAGGAGCAUCCGACGUUCUACGUAUGAACUGGAUGCAGAUGAUGCAGUCAGCAUCAGCAUGUGGGUUGAAAGCCACCAGGAUCAUGUUUUCUUUUAUGAAGAUUUCUCUGAUUCCGGACCUUUCACUUUGGGCAUUCAAACAGAGUGGCAGUUACAACAAAUGAUUCGAUUUGGCAACCGCAGCCUUCUGGCUUCUGAUUCAAGGUUUGGAGCAAACAAAUUAAAGCAUCCCGUUCACAGUCUUGUUGUAUUCAACUCAGACAACAAGGCUAUCCCUGUAGCUUGGAUAAUAGCACCAAGAUUUGCUAGUUCAGACGUGCAUAGAUGGAUGAGGGCUCUUUACAACAGAGUUCGCACAAAAGAUCCUACUUGGAAGUUGGCUGGGUUCAUUGUGGAUGAUCCGCUAGCUGAUGUCCUUACAAUCAGGGAUGUGUUUGAGUGCUCAGUGUUGAUAUGCUUUUGGCGGGUCCGUCAUAUAUGGCAUAAAAACUUAGUAAAAAAAUGUUUGGCAACUGAGAUGCUAGUGGAGAUUUCAAGACGGCUUGGGCAGGCAGUGGAUAAAAUCUGCCAAGGACAAGGAACCGUUGGCUUGUUUGAGGAUCUAUUGGAUGAUUUUAUCGAUGAGUCAGAUUUUAUGGAUUACUUUAAAGCAAUAUGGUAUCCGAGAAUGGGAGCAUGGAUUACGGCGCUAAAAUCUCUUCCACUUGCCAGCCAGGAGACAUGUGCCGCAAUGGAGUUUUACCACAACCAACUAAAGCUCAGGUUGUUGAAUGAAAAGGACCCUGGUGUUUAUCAACGCGCCGAUUGGUUGGUUGAUAAGUUGGGUACAAAAGUGCAUUCUUACUUCUGGCUUGAUGAGUACUCAGGGAAGGAUGAUUUUUCACGAUAUUGGAGAGAUGAGUGGGUGAGUGGUUUAACAUCUUGGCGCAAAGCAUUAAAGAUUCCAGAUUCUGAUGUUGUCAUAGAAGGUAGAUGUGCAAAAGUUGCUGACCAGCUUAAUCAAGAUAAAGCUUAUGUUGUCUGGAAUCCUGGUUCGCAGUUUGGUAUUUGCAAUUGCAGUUGGGCAGAAAUGGGCAAUUUGUGUGAGCAUAUGUUAAAAGUUAUUAGCAUAUGCCGUAAACGAGGAUCUACUAUGCCAUCUAUCAGCUUAUUUCAGUACCGCAAGGCAUUGUUUGACAUGCUACACUGCCCUCCCCAUGAUUCUUUGAUUCGUGAUCAUGCUGUUUCUUUAGCAGUUUGUGUACAGAAGCAGUUAAACGCACUGGUUGAUUUAGAUAGCAGCCAGACUACUUUAGAUACCAUUCAGAAACAUACUGUAGAUAACAUUGAGCAGGAAUCUGUUGAGAUGGUUUCUGCUAAUCAGGAUAGAGAAUUAGUAAAUGAGAGUAACUGUAUGGAUGAGGAUGUAUCAUCGCAUGAUGAGAAUUGUGAGGAUGCAAAUGAUGCUCCUGACAGUAUUAGAGGUGAUGUGGAUGGUGAAAUGAUUGAUCCUUGUGCUGAGAUGGAUGUUGAGCCAUCAUCCAUCUGUAUUUCCCCACCCGGGUUGUAUUCUGUUGAUGAGGUUGUAGCCAGCAAUGUCUUUUCAGAGGAUGGAGGUAGAGUGUUGACCGAACCACCUCCAAAUGAUGCUCUUAGUGACGGGAAUCGGUUUCAAGAUGAUAUCUUAAAUAAAGAUUGCCAUGAAAGUAUGAUGGAUGUGGAGUCACAGUCCAUUGAUGUUCCUCCAUCAACUAGGGAGUUUCGGGAGCAAUGCACAGUGACCCAUCAAAAUGGUCUCUCAGUCAAUGAUGUUGGGCCUACAGUUUCUAGCACUCCUGAUACUGAUCCCAAGACCUCCCCAUCUAUAUCCUUGCCUGUUGGAUCACAGGUGGUUGAUAUGGUUGAAACUUCAGGUUUCAUCAAGGAGAAUGAAGGGAUAGAAUUGGAAAGUAUUCAUGAUCACAUUGCAGAUGAUUCUGAUGUUAGUCACGAUGCAAAGGCAGUUGGCAGCAUGAUGGCUGAACACACAGAAUUGUAGUUAACAUGCUCCUUGUGAUGGAAAAUUACAUCUCGGAACAAUGGCCUUCGCAGGUUUCAGCUUAUGAAACUGGCUCUUGUGAGAAGAUUCUUCAAUUGCUUCUUUUGAGAUUGGUGUACAUUUCAAAAGGGUGCUGGAAAUGGAGACUCCAAUAACGAGAUUAUUUGCCAGCCAUUGUUUUAGUAGUGCCGAUCAUACGGCCGGUAAAGGAACUGUUUCAGGGUCCAACAAACACCAGGCAGAGACUAGUGCUGCAAUUACCAUGGCUGAAAAUGGUGCUCUAUCUUAGGUUCUUCAUGUAAAUAUUUCAUCAAUUUAAUUAUAGCAGAGCAUUAAGGCUGACUCACCUGAUUAGUUGGGCAAUUUUAUAUUUUUUGUAAAGCCUUAUGCCAUUUUUUGGGAAGUUGUCAGUAAUGGCUUCUGAUCUUUUAUGUAGGAGAAAAGAAAUGCCUCUGUUUUGCCCUUGUCACAUUUGUAUUGUAUUGAGUUUAAUCGCUACUAAACUUGCCAGAAAGAAAGUGAAUGUUGGGAUACAUGUCUUUUCCAUGGGAGUAGGCUCUUUAGCCAGAAAAUGACAAACAAUAAGAAUGAAAGUAUUUCCAUAUUGCUUUUA